AGCCUCUCUCAAGCUGCUCGCAGAAAUAAACAAGAAGGGGUUUUAAAAGCAAGUCGUCAAGGAAGAGAGAUGGCCUCAUCGGUUGUUUCAUCGGCGACCACCGUCGCCGGCGUGAGCCGUUCUCAGUCCGCAGUGAUUGCUCCGUUCACCGGCCUCAAGUCCGCCGCCGCCUUCCCCGUCACCCGCAAGAACAACGCUGACCUCACCUCCCUGGCCAGCAACGGCAGCAAAGUCAACUGCAUGCAGGUGUGGCCUACAACCGGACUGAGGAAGUUCGAGACCUUGUCCUACCUUCCUGACUUGUCCGACACCGAAUUGGCUAAGGAGGUGGAUUACCUCCUCCGCAACAACUGGAUUCCCUGCCUUGAAUUCGAGUUGGGGAACGCAUUCGUGUACCGUGAGAACCACCGCUCGCCCGGGUACUACGACGGAAGGUACUGGACGAUGUGGAAGCUUCCCAUGUUCGGAUGCACCGACUCGGCUCAGGUCAUGAAGGAGCUCCAAGAGGCGAAGACCACACACCCUGACGCGCACAUCCGUAUCAUUGGAUUCGACAACGUCCGUCAAGUCCAGUGCAUCAGUUUCAUCGCCUACAAGCCCAAAGCCACCUAAAUCAAGAACCCUAUCCUCUCGUAUCUUUUAAUGCCGUGUUUGUUCUGUCCCGUUCGUUCACUCGGCCUUUGCGCUGUAGUUCCGAAGUAUAUUUGGUGUUUCCUUUUCUGUGUUUGUUUCGAUUUUUCACCCAUCGUUCCCAUCCAAUGAGAACUCUCCCGUUUGUCUUUCUCAUA